AUGUCUUCCAAAUGGCACAGGCUCCAUCUAUCCGAUCAGAGUCUGCCCCCUUUGCUCUUUCAAUAUACGUGGACUAGACAAGACUAUGAAAUCUACAUAACAGACCUCACCUAUAUCUGGUCGGAACGGCUGCCUCAACGGCAAAUUACCAAGCGAGCAGAGGAGAAUGCCACAACCAUUGACCCCGAAGAGGAUCCAGAGCAACUUAAUGUGCUCCUAGAAAAGAUCGGAGAAGCUCUGAAAAAGGGCAAAGAUAGCGUCAACCUUAGCAGAGGAGCACAAGCCGAUUCACUUGAAAUCACAACAACCACCAAACUGCCCGCACCAUUAAAACCCCUGCGAUGGAUUCUGAAGUUGUCAAGGGAGCCAUCGUCGUACUUGACAAGCAAAAUACUAUUUCCACUUCUCAAAGAGGAGACUAAUCGGGAGGACCGCCAGCGUUCCCUCUUACGUCAAUUAAAACAGAAAGACUAUGUGCUCAACAAGUUGUUUGACAAGAUCGAGAAUAUUGGAGUUGAUCUUGGGUCUGUCUUUCCUAGCGCUGCAGGAUCGCGCAAGUCUCACAAAUCUAUCACUCGGUCCGAGGCUGCCAGGUUCAUCAAAGGCAUUGAGCCAUUCGAGGAAGAAGCCUGGCUCGCCGAGACAGAAUCAUCCGGAGCAGGGUUAGCCACCCACCUACUCCAGGAGAUUUCAGGUUCUGGGGACUUCCAUGACUUCUCUUUCAUCCAGCCAAGAGAUGAAUGGUGGCGUGAUCUUACAAAACGCCCUGAAAGCAGUGCUAAAGAAUCUUCCUCGGCCAGAGAGGAAACCCCCAAAUUUGACAACAAGCAUGAUGACAUAGCUCUGCUGAAACAUACUAAGCCCGAAGAAGAAUCAACGGCAAUUCACGAUAAUAAUGAUGAUGGUGAUAAUGAUGAAUUUCAGCGACAAGAAACACCUCCGCGACUGAAGUCGGAGCCUGUGAAAAGCAAGACACCCCCUAGGCGAACAGCCGAAACGAAAAGCCAUUCUCCGCUGCCACUGCCAUCGAAGUCGGAUGACGAAGCCACCGCAUCGGAUUCAGAGCCAGAGCCAGAGCAAAAACUGCCCCGGAACCGCACCCCAACUAGAUCAAAAACCCCAGAGCCUCCUGUCCCACAGCCUCAGAAGGGACCUAAAAGACCAAAGGGCGGACUGGGUACCAUUGGUGGCAAGAAAAAGAAAGAAAAAGAGCCUUCUCCCAUGCAAGGCCCAAGUUCGCUAAAGCCCCAGCAUCCUCCAAAAUCAUCAGAAAAAGAGGGCCCCCCCAAUGAUUCUCCUCCUCCGCCAUCCCCGGCACCACCGGCAGCAAUCAAGUCUAAGCGGCUCGGCAAGCUUGGCAUGAUAGGUGGAAUAUCCAAAGCCAAAGCCAAAGAUCCUAUCGUAGAUGACGGUUCUGUCCCUAUAUCGGAGACUAAGGCUGCGUCUCCCGAUCAAGAGUCUCCUGCCAAACCAAAGCACACGCAGGACACUACAAAGCAAAUUGCUAAAAAGAAAGAAUCUCCUUUACCUGCACCACCAGCAAUGGGGAAAUCUGACCCCGAGCCACCUGCAGAGCCGGAGACCGAAGACCAGCGCGCUGAUCGGAGGCGCGAGGAACUGAAGAGGGCGCUUGAGGCUAAAAGUAAAGCGCCUGCGAAGAAGAAGAGGAGAUUUUAG